GUUAUGAAGGAGUAAAAUUUCAAUUGGGUGGUAUUGCAAAUAACCAACUGACCCUUGUAACUAAAAAAGAAUAAAUUUAUGGGAACAAAAUUGUGAUUCCACGUACAAUUGUAUUGGUAAUUUUUUUCUAGUUGAAUCGAUAACUUUUAUUGCCAAUAAGAAACCGAUACAACGAAGCGGGAUCCAAUGAUCCCGAAGGUAGAAGCACAAACUCACAAACUACCAUGUUCCUCUACCAGCCUACUUACAGUGUAAGAAAUCAAAAAAACUUAUAAGUAUCCAGGUCCUGUAAGCCCAUCACAAACUGCCAUGUUCCCACAUGUUAGGAAUAAAAGAUCUGCCUUCAUCAUAUCUGCUACUUUAUCAGGAGAUCGAAAUGGAGAGCCAUGAACCAAAUCACAUCUUUCUUUCCAUAUAAACACAACCAGAACACACCAUACAAGUGCAUGCCAUUUCCCUACCUGAGUGUUUAUGCAGACUGUAGUGCUCACAGCAUCAUCGCAUCCCAAUCGUUGUGCCUCAGCAGCUGGCAGUUCAUUUGAUUAGCAAGCUAGCGAGAGAAAGAACAAUAGAGAAAGAGAUGGUCUCUAGUCUCGAUAUCCUUCCCACAAAGAGGGCAAGAGGCAUCUAUGAUUUUGCCCCAUUUCAGUAGCUUGUCUCUUUUUACAAUAGCCUUUUUAUGACAAUCCAGGCUAUUAAGCUGUAUCUAGGAGGACAUACACUUCUCCACACAAGUUUAUGCCAAGGGACCUUAGGAGCUUUGCUUCUCAACGUCUCCCAAACUCUUCGAACAGAAUAAACUUGCGUCUCUUGCGAAUUCCAGAAAAUAGUAUCAUUCUAUUUGUAUAUCCAUGCCAGUAUAACAACCCUCAGUCAGCAGCCUCCGCUGUGCCUAGGAACUACUAUGUUUUGGUAAUUUAGAAGUGUAAAAGUGUAAGUCUUUCAUACUUUAAGCAUAUAUUUUGACUACACUUGUAAGCGAAAAUCGUGAUUCUACAUAGAAGCGUAUUGAUGGCCUAAAAAUUAAUGUAAAGCGUAAACUUUCAACCUUAAAAGCGUUUGACUUCAUUGCAAGAGAUUAGUCUUGUGAUCAUUCCACCAUUAAUCCUUAACUUAAAGGUUCCAAAAUUAGGGGUGGGCAACGGGACGGGAUACCCGUCCCGUUUUAAACGGGUACCCAGUCCCGUUUGGAGACCAAAGUCCAUCCCAUAUCCCAAACCCAUAUGGGAAACGGGUACCCAUUUCCCGUACGGGACGGAUAACGGGUACCCAUAAAUACCCAAAGUUUAAACCACUAAAAUUUUAACAAAAGUUUAAACUUGUAUUUGCUUAACAAUCGCAAGACACAAAAUACAUCCCAAUCACAAAUACUCGGUUUGCAAAUAACACAUUCAUGAACAAUCACAACACAUAGAAAUAAAUCAUUCCAAGCACCAAAUUAUCAAAUAAGAAGUUUCAUUCAACACAACAAAAUGGGAGGCAUGCUGCUACUUUUCUUUUGUUGUUGAAUGCAGAAAGUGUCCAAAUUUUUAGGUUCAUGGGAAGCUAAAAUCUAUAGCAGAGAAGCUGAGUCUCACUGAAAGGGUAAGGGCCCCUGGGCCCAAAUGGCAAAUGGAAUUGAAAUUGCAAGGGUGAGGGCCGAAAUGGCCAGGGUUCUGAAUGGGGCUGGACUGCCUUUGUAUUAAAUGGGUAUAACGGGUACCCAUAUUACCCAAACGGGUAUUCGCGGGUAACCCGCGGGUACCCAUAUACAACCCCAAGUCCCAUCCGUUUAUAAUAUUACGGGUAAUAUGGGUACCCGUAACCCUUAAAAAACGGGACGGGUACGGGUAUACCCAAAUACCCAUUUCCCGUUGCCCACCCCUAUCCAAAAUCAAAUAUUUUGAGUAGCACCUAACACUAAAAUUGAACUUAUAUCACUUCAUUAAAACAAAUUUCUAAUUCAAUAAUCACUCACCAGUCACCAACCUCCCUCAUUCCAAAAUGUCAAACGUAAUCUCGCUCUCAUGAUGAAAUCUAAACAAGUGAACGAAACCGUUUUGACGGUUGCUAAAUAAAUAACCAACAGAAAAUAAUAUCUUCUUCUAGGUACCGACUUUCUUCAUAAGUCGGCUCUGCCAGCCAAAGAAAAAAACGUCCAACCAAAAAACCCCUUUCGUGGCGCCUUCCAUUCAUUAAUAAUGACAAAAAAAAAACAAUUAUUAAUCCUCUCAUUAAUGACUCUCUUCUGGAAACAGAAAAAAAAAAAACUCUCGCUGGUUAAUUAAUUAAUAAUGAAUCAAUUAAUCCUUCCCACCUAUAUCCACUAAUCACCCCCGCGCUUUCUUUUCUCAAACCCACCACAAUCCGGUCAACUCACGCCACGCGUCACCGCCGCGUUUGGUUGGUAUAAAUUUCCCCCAAACGAACCCAACCCUUUCACCAGAACUUCCAAACGCAAAUUCCAACUCCCGAGAGAGAACUUAUUUCCACACAUUUCGCAAGCGGAUCGGAUACCUCACUUCAGGAAAUGGUGGCGGCAGGGAAUGCAAUUGACAAGCACGAGCAGUACAAGCGGGUGUUCGCCCACUUCGACGAGGACGGCGACGGGAAGAUAUCUGGCUCGGAGCUGCGGCGGUGCGUGGCGGCGAUCGGCAGCAGCGGCGGAGGAGGAGGGAGAGUAGGGGAGCUGACGGAGGAGGAGGCGGAGGCCGCUGUGGGGUUUUCGGACUCGGACGGCGACGGGAUGCUGGAUUUAGAGGAUUUCGUGAGGCUGGUGGAGGCAGGGGAGGAGGAGGAGCGGGUCAAGGAUUUGAAGGAGGCCUUCAAGAUGUAUGCGGCGGGAGCCGCCGCCGGGGCAGGGGACGGCGGAAUGAUAACGCCGAGGAGCUUGAAGAGGAUGUUGAGCCGGCUGGGAAUGCGGCGCAGCGCAACGGAGUGUGGGGUUAUGAUCGCCGAGUUCGAUCUCGACGGCGACGGGGCGUUGGAUUUCGACGAGUUUAAGGUCAUGAUGUCGUGACUUCGUUCCGUGUAAAUAUUGGAUUUUUUUGGGGGCAUUGUGAGUGGAAAUAAUUAUUCUUUGUUCAUCUUCUUUUUGAUUGGGAAGAGACAGAUAGAUGUAUCUAGUGGUUUAUAUGAUUCUUUUUUAGUGUUAUUUCUUUCUGUCUCAUUUUAAUCAUUGAAAUAUAGAUUAUAUGAGUAU